CACCGGGACAGAUCCUUCACGGUCUCAUGGCAACAUGGCGACAGAGUUCCACAAUCUCCAGGAGCUAAGGCACGAUGCAUCCCUGGCCACCAAGGUGUUCAUCCAGAGAGACUACAGUGAGGGCACAGUCUGCAAGUUCCAGACCAAGCUUCCUGCAGAGCUGGACAGCAGAAUCGAGCGGACCUUGUUCGAGGAAACGGUGAAGACGCUCAAUAACUUUUACGCAGAGGCCGAGAAGAUCGGUGGCCAGUCCUACAUGGAGGGGUGCCUAGCCUGUGCCACAGCCUACAUCAUUUUCCUGUGUAUGGAGACGCGCUAUGAAAAGGUGCUGAAAAAGAUCUCCAUGUACAUCCAGGAACAGAACGAGAAGAUCUAUGCACCAAGGGGUCUUCUCAUCACAGACCCUAUUGAGAGGGGAAUGAGGGUUAUUGAGAUCUCCGUCUUUGAAGACCGCAGCUCCAGUGACUCCAGCUCGACCGGCAGCUCCUCGUCCAGCAGUACAGCUCGAUGA